AUUUGCUGAAUUUCUAAGCUGAAGCCCAAAGCAGAGACCUUUGCUCAAGAAAUCAGUCUCACUUUCAGUUUUCUCAUUCUGAUUUUUCAAUUAACCUCAAAGCCUCUGAAAUCCGAGCGAGAAGGAAAAUUUGAAUCCCAGAACAACAAAAGGCAGCAGAUUCGAUGGCAGUGGCUGGUCUCUAUCGCAGAGAGCUUCCUUCUCCUCCUGCAAUUGAAUUUGCUUCCCCAGAUGGAAAGAAGCUCUUUACUGAAGCUCUAGGAAAUGGAACCAUGGAAGGGUUUUUCAAGCUGAUCUCUUACUACCAAACGCAAUCAGAGCCCGCGUAUUGUGGGUUGGGCACCCUUGCCGUCGUCCUUAACGCCCUCGCUAUCGAUCCCGGGAGAAAAUGGAAAGGCCCAUGGAGAUGGUUUGAUGACUCAAUGCUGGAUUGCUGCGAACCUUUGGAAAAAAUCAAAGCCGAAGGCAUCACCUUUGGGAAAGUUGCGUGCUUGGCGCAUUGCAAUGGAGCUGAAGUCGAAGCCUUUCGAACCCAUGAAAGUUCUGUUCAUGAUUUUCGUAACCAUGUUAUUUCGUGUACUUCUUCAGAGGAUUGUCAUGUCAUCACAUCAUACCACAGAGGUGUAUUUAGCCAGACUGGAACUGGCCAUUUUUCACCGAUUGGGGGUUAUCAUGCUGGAAGAGAUAUGGUUCUCAUUUUGGAUGUUGCUCGAUUUAAAUAUCCUCCUCAUUGGGUUCCACUUUCACUUCUUUGGAAGGGAAUGGAUACUAUUGAUGCAGCCACUGGACAUCGUCGAGGGUACAUGAUUAUUUCAAGGCUUAACAGAAGUCCAUCUAUUCUUUACACUGUGAGUUGCAGACAUGAAGGUUGGAAUAGUAUUGCGAAGUACUUAAUAGAAGAUGUUCCUCUCCUGUUGAAGUCAGAAGAUGUAAAAGAUGUCCAGAAUGUGAUCUCAGUUGUAUUCAAAUCACCACCUGCUGACUUGAGAGAGUUCAUUAAAUGGGUUGCCGAAGUUCGGAGACAAGAGGAUGGGAAUCCGAUCGUAAACAAAGAGGAAAAAGGAAGCAAAUUCAGCCAUGGUUUCUCUCCAGCUCAAAUCCAAUCAUUGGCUGCCAUCUGUGAAGCUCUGGUACCUCCUUUGUCACUGGAAGACACCAUAAACAACAACAAUAACAAGAAGGAGGAAAGCCCAGAUGACCAAGCCCUUCAUUCCAUCUACAGAGCUUCUGGGUCUCAGCCUCCUAUACCAGAUGAGGUAGCAGAAUUGAUGCUGAAGAGGGCUCUACCAGAAGUUAUGGAGGGAAUGAAGCUAUUUCUGAAGAUGCUGUCAUUCAGAUUAGGAACAUUAUUACUAUGUGGGCAUCGUUGCCUUAGUUGGAAAUGGCCAUUCAUCCACAGCUUCUCUGAAAUGUCUUUGGAGAAAAGAGAAGAAGUCCUCAAGAAAUGGUCAAAGGAAAAGCUUGUGCUCACACUCAGAUUGAUGUUCUUGGUGGUCAAAAUCUUCUGCCUCUACACCUUCUUCUCCAGGCUUGAUGAAAAUUCAAGAAACCCAGCAUGGAAAGCAGUUGGAUACGAUUUGAACACCAAUAAAAAGUUGAUAAAAACUCCAAAGGAGAGACCUCUUGAACAGGGAAUCAUAGAAACCCUGAAUGAGAGUGAUUCUACACUUGUUCAAUCUCUCACUAAGAGAGGCCUUCAGGUCUCGGAUGAUACGACUCACAACAUCCACAGGAUCAAAUGUGAUGUUGUCAUUGUUGGCUCUGGUUGUGGUGGAGGAGUUGCAGCUGCAGUUCUCGCACAGUCUGGCCAAAAAGUGAUGGUUGUCGAGAAAGGGAACUAUUUUCUGCCCAAAGAUUACUCUUCUCUAGAAGGCCCCUCAAUGAAUGAACUAUAUGAAUCAGGUGGAAUUAUGUCAUCAGUUGAUGGGAUGAUAAUGAUAUUAGCUGGCUCAACAGUUGGAGGAGGUUCUGCUAUAAACUGGUCUGCAUCGAUCAGAACACCAGAUACGGUUCUGCAUGAGUGGUCUGUGGAUCAUAAGGUUCCACUUUAUGCAAGCUCUGAUUACAAAUAUGCCAUGGAUGUUGUGUGUAAGAGGAUUAGUGUCACGGAUAAUUGUACUGAAGAAAACUUUCAGAAUCAGAUUCUGCGAAAAGGGUGCGACACUCUUGGUCUGAAAGUUGAUUUGGUUCCUAGGAAUUCCCCGGGAGAUCAUUACUGUGGUUCUUGCAACUAUGGCUGUCCAACAGGAGAAAAGCAAGGGACUGAUUCUACUUGGCUAGUUGAUGCUGUGAAAUGUGGUGCAGUGAUUUUGACUGGAUGCAAAGCUGAGAAGUUCAUAUUGGAGAAUGACAGUCAAGGAGGAGGUACAAGAAAAAGAUGCCUUGGUGUGGAAGCAACAUCUUUGAGCAAGAAUAUGAAAAAUAAGCUGCAAAUUGAGGCCAAGGUGACAAUUUCAGCAUGUGGAUCUCUCUUGACGCCUCCUCUGAUGAUCUCCAGUGGACUUAAGAACCCAAAUAUCGGCAGGAACCUCCACCUUCACCCUGUUCUGUUGUCCUGGGGAUACUUUCCGGAACACGAAUCAGAAUUUAGAGGCAGAACUUAUGAGGGAGGGAUCAUCACUUCACUCCAUAAGGUGGUUUCCGAUACCACAAAUGUCCGGGCAAUCAUAGAAACUCCUGCACUAGGGCCUGCCUCAUUUGCUACACUGUCUCCAUGGAUUUCAAGGCUUGACAUGAAGGAUAGGAUGGAGAAGUAUGCAAGAACAGCUCACCUGUUUGCAUUGGUCAGAGAUAAGGGUUCAGGGGUGGUGAGGAGAGAGGGUAGGAUCCACUACACACUAGACCAGUUGGAUAAAGAGAAUCUUCAAGUUGGGCUUAGGCAGGCUUUGAGAAUCUUGAUUGCUGCAGGAGCUGUUGAAGUGGGAACAUAUAGAAAUGAUGGGCAGAGAAUAAAAUGCAAGGGGACAAAGCAUGAGGAUUUGGAAGAGUUUUUGGACAGUGUGGUUGCAGCUGCAGGGCCAAGCUCAAGGGAAGAGCUUUGGACCACGUACUCUUCUGCACAUCAGAUGGGAAGUUGCAGAAUGAGUGCAAGUGAGGAGGAAGGAGGAGUUGAUGAGAAUGGUGAGAGCUGGGAGGCAAAAGGGUUGUUUGUUUGUGAUGGGAGUUUGCUUCCAACUGCAAUUGGUGUAAAUCCCAUGAUUACCAUCCAAUCCACUGCUUAUUGCAUUUCCAAGAAGAUUGCAGAGUCCUUGGAAAAAGAAAAAUACAUUUGUUAAUAAUCCUAAUAAUAUUAGCUAUUAGCUUUAUCUUGUUCUUCUGCAGCUCAUAAGCUCUGAAAAAUCAUCUCAACACAUUGGUAUUGUAACUCAGAAAUUUAAAAUUGCAACAUGAACCCGAUUUCCUCGUAUAGCAUAUAAUAAUAUAGGCUGAUUUAUAUA